UCACACGGAGUGUUUCUCGGAAGUGAACGAAUCAGAAAAAUCCACAGAGAGUAGGACAACGUUCGCCAAGACAAUCCCCCUGUAUUGCGCAGCGGAUAGAAUGCGAGCGUAUCGUUUUAAGGGGAUACAUCGACGAAAGAUGCGAAGCGGUUAAUAGUGGUUAGCGAGUGUUGCCUUGUUCAGUCUUCUCUAUAGUGGUAUAUACGAGUGCGCGUACACAAGCAGCCAGUGCAGUGCACUAGGCGUAGUAAUAAUCAUUUUGUGCAUACCUACGGGUUGUGUCGUGUUUGUGCGGUGUCGCGUGAAGGUCGCGAGCAUUUGCGAGAUUGUUCGAGAACCUUGUGUCCGGAAGCACGUUACGAGAAGGUUAAAACGAAAGGUGGACGAUCCUCCUUGGAAAGCCUCGGUAAAAUGGCGGUGAUCGGUACUCCGAUUGGCGCUAAGCGAUAGAAGAGGAUCGCGUUCCGUUCGCGUUCGUCAAGUUUUGUUUUGAUCGAGUUCGUAAGAUAUCUUCGCGGAAACCGGUCGAUUCGUGCGUCCCUGCGAGUCAUUCGGUUUUCACCCCCUCGCCCCUGUUUUUUAACCGUUCUGCGAAAUUUAAGACGGCGUCCCGUUGACACGAGGAAUUAUAGCUAAAUCCAAACGAGGACGAUCAAGGUGGUAAGAACCACCGACGGAACGGUUUUCGACGGCCGCGAUGCCGCAUCGCUCCGACCUCGAAUUUAUCGAAAGGCCGAACGACAAGGACGACUCUAUCGAAUCUUCGUCGGGGCUUAUCUAUAGAUCUUAAAUUUACAAAGGAAUCCCCCCAUCUGCCAAAAUGAAAAUUGACAGGAGCAGAUUAAAAAAGUGCACUUCUGAAGCGCCGCCAGAAUGCCAGGCGCUUAUAAGCAAGCUGUGCUCGUGCUCCCAUGCAGAAUUGCUGGAGGAGCUAAAGCAAAUCUAUGCUUGGACCGUUGGUAAAUGUGAACUAUUCCAUUGGAUUGACGUGUUAGAUCUCAGUGAUAGCAUUUUGGAAGAAGCGGCGGCGAGAAGUCCAGAUAAUCCAUGGGAACUAGCCUGUGAUCUGCCUCAAAAUAGAGAGGCGAAAGAACUUCUUCUUUGGGUUCUCCAUUUCACGACACUGUUGAUCGAACACUCGUUUUCGCGGCAUUUGUACAACAGUAUGGAGCAUCUGGUGUCGUUGUUAUCGAGCUGCGAUAUGAACGUUGUUCUUUGUGUAUUAAAUCUUCUUUACAUGUUUAGUAAACGUAGUAAUUUUAUUACACGUUUGAACACUGACAAGAGACAAGCUUUAAUAAAUAGACUUAAUCAUCUAGCAGAGAGUUGGGGCGGUAAGGAGAACGGUUUUGGCUUGGCAGAAUGUUGUAAAGAAUAUCCAGACAAGCCACUUCCAGCGAGUGCCACAACAUUGCAUUUUGAAUUUUAUGCCGAAAAUGCUACCACAUCGGAUGCACCGGAUACCGCGUCAAAUUCUGGUACAAAGAAACUUGGACAAACAAAUUUUGUAACAUACAUACAUAUAGAAAAUGUGGAUAAAUUUGGUAAAACUCCAGCACAAAUAAUGAACGAUUUAUUAAAAGUCUACAACGUGCCUCAAGAUCGACAGAUGGCGCUGUUCACACAUAUAAGACUGGCCCACAGUUUUUCCGACUACCGAAGGCGUCUGCAAUGUGUUCAAGCUCGGUUGCAAGCAUUAUCAGUACUUGUAUAUAGCAAUGCGCUCCAAGAAAAUGCACAUAGUUUGUUGCAUGCUGGGCUUUUAGAAGAAUUAGUCGAAUUAUUGGAACUUCCACACGCGCAUCUCGUUGAAAUGCGUGCAGCAGCAUUGCGGACUCUUACUAGCAUCAUUCAUUUAGAUCGUAAUCCACAUUUUCCCAAAAAACCUGGUUCAAGAUUAAACAUGAUAAUCGACGUCACUGGAGCCAGAUCGUAUCAUGGAUUUUUCCCCGUGUCAAUUCGCACGUGUAUCACGCAAUUGACUUCGCCACAAUCCGACGGGAAACCAUUCCCGUUGCCGCUUGCAACAGCAUUGUUCAGCUUUCUUUAUCACCUUGCUAGUUACGAGGCUGGGGGCGAAGCUCUCAUUAGUUGCGGAAUGAUGGAAAGCUUGUUGAAAAUUAUGAACUGGCCAGGGACCGAACUAGAACAUAUAACGUUCGGAACAAGGGCGGUCCGUGUGAUAGACUUGAUAACGAACAUUGACAUGCAAGCAUUCCAAGCUCACAAUGGCUUAGCGUGCUUCAUCAAUCGCAUCGAUAUGGAAGUGAACGUUUGCAAAAAGGAGCAACCGUUCGAGAUAGAACCGUUUCUUUAUCAGGAUAAUCCGCAGUCGUCGCGCGAGAGAUCCGUAGAAAGGGACGAGGAUUCUGCGGUUUCGCGACGUUUGACCGAUCCUUACGACGAGCGCGAGGAAUCGUCGAAUCCGAUGGAAUUCUCGGAAGACGAGAACAUGAGCUCGAAGGCGGAGGACAAGAACGAACAAAUACCGGAGUACACUGCUGUAAAGACUGGAAAAACUUGCCUGCCGCAGCGUGCCGCGCUUUUAAAAUCAAUGUUAAAUUUUGUAAAGAAAACGAUUCAAGAUCCGGCUUUUUCUGACAGCAUUAGACACGUUAUGGAGGGCACAUUGCCCUCGUCUCUGAAGCACAUUAUAAGUAAUUCGGAGUAUUACGGCCCUUCGCUGUUUCUUCUUGCUACGGACGUUGUGACGGUAUACGUUUUUCAAGAGCCAUCGUUACUAUCAGCCUUGCAGGAUAACGGAUUGACUGAUAUCGUAUUGCAUGCUUUACUUAUUAAAGAAGUUCCUGCCACUAGAGAAGUUUUAGGAUCAUUACCUAAUGUGUUCAGCGCCCUGUGUUUAAAUCAGCGUGGACUGGAAUCAUUUGUGAAACGACGCCCGUUCGGACGUUUGUUCAAAGUAUUAUUGUCGCCUGUCUAUUUGUCAGCGAUGAGACGACGCCGAAGCGCUGACCCGUUGGGCGAUACGGCGUCGAAUUUGGGCAACGCAAUGGAUGAGCUAAUGAGACAUCAACCAAGCUUGAAGGUUGACGCGAUUGCCGCCAUCAUAAAACUGCUGGAGAAACUUUGGGUCCUGGGUUUCGAUCCUCGUUACGUAUGUCUGCGUGCGGCAAGUAAAUCCGACAAUUCGCCAUCGAAUUCAGCGUCCGGGGGUCGUCAGUCUUCCGGUCAGUCAGUCGGUGUCGGUGUCGGAGACUCUGGUGGCGACGGAGGCGGCGGCGGCGGGAGCAGCAGCGACGAAGAAGAGGAAGACGAAGAGGAAGCCAGCACAAGUUCUCAUCCUCAGCGCGAGGAACAACCUUCGCCGUCGCCAGCGCAACCAGGUCCACCACCACAGCCCAGAGAGAAGACACCGAUCGCUCUGGUCGAAUAUAUACACAACAUCAUGAAAUUCGUCGAUGCUAUUCUCAGUAACAAUUCCACGGACGAUCAUUGUAGAGAGUUUGUCGCCCAGAAAGGCCUUGUGCCUUUGCUGUCUAUUCUAGGGCUGCCGAAUCUUCCAGUGGAUUAUCCAGUUGCACAAGCAGCUCAGGCUGUGGCCACAGUUUGUAAGAGUAUCUUGAAUCUUGCGCACGAGCCGUCGGUCCUCAAAACUGGCUUGUCUCAGUUGAACGAAGUUUUGAAUUUACUGAAACCGCUCCACAGUCACAUGGAAACGCCAGGCGGUUCCGUUUUAUUGCACGAACUCGCAUCUGCUCCAAAUUUGGAAACAGCCUUCACCAGUGUCACGGCGACGCCAUUGCUCCAUGCUAUGAAUGCCGCUCAUGGAUACGUAGUGAUGUUCGUUCAUGUAUGCCGUACCAGCCAGAGCGAGAUCAGGAAUCUAUCUAUGAACCAUUGGGGAUCAGAGCUUGGUCUGUCCGUUUUGAAAGGUCUCUCCGAGCUGUAUAUGUCUUUGGUCUGGGAAAGCACGCUGCUGUUGGCGCUCUGCAGCGAAGACACUAUUCCAGCCGGCUGUGACUUUGGAAAGGAGGAUAUGGAUAAAUUGGUGCCACCCGAAUUGAAGAAUGAUGGCGAAACUUCUGGCUGGUCAGGUGGUGUAUCCUCAGAUAUGGGAAGUAAUGGAAUGACUACAGCCAUGGAAGCCUUGAGUACAGAUCCACCACCUGUACCCAUGGAGGUGGACGAUAAGCCAAACGUUGGUACAGGUAGAGCAUCUCCAAGUUCUCAUCAGCUUAAAUACAUUAAGCCAUUGCUAGGCGCUUCGUCUAGGUUGGGAAGAGCUCUGGCAGAGUUGUUCGGUCUACUCGUGAAGCUUUGCAUGGGUUCUCCAGUGAGACAACGCAGAGGGCAGCAGAUGCCCCUAACACCAGCCCUUCCUUCGCAAGCAGCUAGAAGCGUAGCAACUGCCUUAAAUUGUUUAUUGACUCGUGGAUUGUCGUGGGAUAUAUUACCCCCAUCGCCGAUACCCAAGUUUAAAUUGACCUUCUUGAUAUGCUCUGUAGGUUUCACAUCUCCGAUGCUAUUCGAUGAAAAGAGGUAUCCGUAUCACUUGAUGCUUCAAAAGUUUGUUAAAUUGGGUGGACAGAAUGAAUUUUUUAACACUUUCCAUUGGGCGUUGUCCGGAGGAGGGCAAUUUCCAUUAUCAGAAGGAUUAGAGCAUCCGAACUUGCCCGAUGGCACUGGAGAAUUCUUAGAUGCUUGGCUGAUGCUUUUGGAAAAGAUGGUGAAUCCUAAAGCCAUUCUGGAUUCGCCUCAUGUCGUUUCUUCGAAGUGCACCGGAAUAUACAAAGUGUAUGAAUUCGAUCCGAUAAAAUAUCUCAUCGACAUUCACAAGAAAGCCUUUGAGGCAGUGAUGUUAAUGUGGGGCAAGAAACCGUUGAAAAACUAUGGAGCGCGUAUGACUGAAUCGAUUUUAUCAAUUUUACGACACAUUCUGCGAGGUGAAAAAAUUAUUAAGGAACGCGCUGAAAAAGAAGAGAAUACCGAAGGAGCAAAUACGAGUAACACCAGCGGUGGUACCAGUGGAAUUGGAAGGACUGGAGCAGUACCCGAUCGCAGAGAAGAACCGGAAGCGGACGUAAAUUUAGAACUCCUUAGACAACUAAUGGAUAUGGGUUUCAGCAGAGCCCAUUGUAUAGAAGCUCUGCUUCAUACGUUGACAGUCGAACAAGCUACCGAUUAUCUUUUGACCAAUCCCGCUACAUUACGCAGAUCGGACGUACCAGCGGGCGAUGCAAGUGGACAAGGUCUGAUAAUGGACCUGGAAUUAGUCGACGAUGAUCAAAUAAUGCAUGCUAUAGCGAUGUCGCUCGGAGAAGCGGAAACGCGAAAAGUUUCCGGCCCGGAGGAACCCAAUCGCGAGAUCACUUUAGCAGAAAGUAUAGACGAAUUUACAAAUAAUGCUUUAAGUCAGUGUUUGAAUUUGUUGGAUCUCAUGCCUGACACCGUGUACAGAGUUUGCGAUUUAUUGGUUACUAUUACUAAGAGAAACGGAGACGAAUGGCGCGACAAUAUGUUACUACAACUUAUGAAAGAGAUCGGCAGUCUAGUAGAUUAUUUAAUUGAUACCACUCAGAAUCAAUAUCCAACAGCUGGUACGCGAUUGGUAGAAUGCGAGGAAGCUAACAAAGUUGCUGGACGAAUCUAUCUUUACACCUUGUUCUUCGAGGGAACGUUCCAAGAAAUGCGAGUGCCAUGCGCUCAGAUCGUAGAAGAAUGUGACAUCCUGGACUUGCUCGUGCGUUUGCUAGUAGUAAGCGAGGGACCGUUGACAGCGAAUAAAAAUAAACCCGUUAAAGAUAAUAAUAAAAAUGCAACACCGACUACAAACACUCCGAAAUGGUUGGCACCUUUGUUGUUGCUUAUAGAUCGGUUGGAAAAAGUGGCGAUAUUGACCAAGAGAAAGCAAUUGAUGCACAAGGUGACGAAUAGAAUGUGGAAGUGGUUUGACCUGAGUACGGGAAAAUGGACAUUAUACUCUGCGCUAAAUAAUCGAAUAAUCAACGAUUCUUAUUGGGCCGGCGAGUCCAGUGCCAGAAUCACGUGCAGCAGACGAAGAUAUCUCAUCACCUUUUCGUCGAUGACACAGGUGAACGAAGAGAGCGAUAAUAGAAGGCCCAUCACGAUGGGUUUCAAAUUGAAUAACGGAACCGAGGACGGCGGAUCCGGUUCCGACUCGAACAUGGAUACCGACGACAGCCCGGUGGAAAACAAAAGGAAUACCGUGGUGCAAGGGUUGAACCCGAGCAUAGCUCCAAGCAUUAUACGUACCUGUGUAAAAUUAUUGGCGAUCCCGGUGGAUCGAGACGCUCUCCACGCUUUGAUGAAAGUUUGCCUGCGACUCACCAGAGAUUACGAGAACGCGAAAAUAUUUGCUCGGGAGGGCGGCGUGAAGCUUCUAUUGGAAAUGACGCAAGCGAGCAGCUUCAUCGGAUGCGUACCGUUGAGCACCCUUCUAAUACGCCACACCUUGGAGGAACCGCGAACGCUUCGACUGGCUAUGGAGAAGGUGAUACGCACUCGUACCCAGGGUAACUUGCCCCCGGCGUACAAAGAGAUUCUGUUCAUGACGCGUCAGAUCAGCAGCGCCGUUUGUCGGAACCCGGAGGUCUAUCAAGAGGUAUGCAAAAAUAUUCUGAGAGUCGAUGUGAAUUUGCCGCGAAGAGAGGACGCUGACAACAGAUUGAUCGUGAGGGCUUUGCACCCGAGGCAUUCCCCGGCGCUGCCGAUGGUGGAAGAGGUCUCCGUGUCCGUCGUACACGAUCUCCUGAACGCUCUUAUAAAACCCAUGCCGAUUCUGCCCGACGAAAGCACCGCCACGCCGACGGAAAGCCCGGUGAAGAAAACGCUUCGCUCUACGGUGCCGACGACGACCUCGCGCCCUCAUGUUCUCAGGAACAACGCGACAGCCACGAACGAUCCCCUGGACGACGAUGACCAAGUGUCUCACAUAAUUCCGCUGAAGAUCUAUCCGGACGUCGAUAACAAUGGGAAAGUCGAGCCGGAGGACGCGAAGAAACCGUCGCUGGCGAAAUCUGCCAUACUGAAGAUCCUCGCGGAGGCUGUUCGCUCGUACGGCGCGGUCGCGUGCUUGAUCACGGAUCACGUGUAUCGGGCAGGACAGAGCGAGAUGGUGGCAGAGGACACGACGGCGCUCGCCUUUCUGUUGGACAAAUUGCUGCCAAUGUUGCCGGAGAAUUCUAGCGACAGACAGUGCAGCAGCAUGGCCAGAAUGUUGAUAGCCGCGAUCGCCUCUUGCAACCACUCGCCGGAAGCACAGACAACGUUGGUCACCGAGGUGAAGGCUGCAUUGACGAGAACCCUGAUGCUUCCCGAGUGCUCCGAGAAGCACGCUCAGCUUCAACUGUUGAUCGGUUUGAUAUCGACCAUGAUCGACAGCUGCCCUCCGCCGAACCCGACUCAUCAGCUUCGGGCCUCUCUGAAGAUGCAUCAAUAUAAUAACGUCAACUACAUCGUCAGGCUCAUGCUAAGGAAGGGGAUAAUAACAGAUUUGGCAAAAAUCCCGCACAGUCUGGAUCUAUCUAGCCCGAACAUGGCUGGCACCAUCAAUGCUGCUUUGAAACCGCUCGAGACACUCUCUAGGAUCAUAAACCAACCGAUGCCAGGAGCGGUUACCAAUCAAUUUUCAAAACCGAAAAGCAGAACCGUUCACGAAGAGCCUAUAGGAGAGCAAACGGGAACUACGACGUCGGAAGCGACGCAUGCUGUUGGCGAGGAAGCAAACGAGGAUCCGGAGAACACGGAACACGACAUAUCCGUUACCGCUGAAAGCCUCGAGCCCACCUCGGAGAGCCAGGUGCACGAAGAAGGGGACGAAGCUGCGUUGGAAGACAUCAUGGAUCAGUUUCUAGAAAGUGUACUAUUCUCCAGGGACGGCUCAGCCGUGGCGGAGGAACAACCCUGUCGGCCCCAUAGGCCAAUGGAUAUCGAUGACGAGAGUCUAGCUAUACGCGACGGAGAAGGUGAUUUCGACCCAACACGAGACACCACAGUAAGAGAGGAUUUGAUGAGCUCCGACUCGGACUCUGACAGCAAUCCUUCCGAUGACAACGAAGAUGAAGUACAGGACGAUGAGGAUGAAGAAGAGGAGGAAGAAGACGAUGGUGAAGAGAAUGAAGAGGAAGAGGAGGAGGAAGAAGAUGUAUCCUCGAAUUACGAAGAGGAUGGAAUAGAAAUUUAUGGGAACGUCGGUGAUACUAGCGUCUUCAGGAUGUUCCCAACGAACGAACGUGAUGGUAGCAACGUUGUCAUGAUUCAACAUAAUAUCGACAAUCAGGACAACGUAAAUUCUUCUACUCCUGUUAUAGCGCGACCUACUCUUCCAUGGAGUACAACGUUUCCUCUGCCUCUGGAGAUUUUCGAAGAUUCGCCUUCAGUCUCCGAAGGCAAUGGUAUUAACUUGCACCCGUUGCUAAUACCACAGAACAGUUUGGAAGCUGCUAGUACAAGAGCUCAGAGAGCUCUACGACAACGAAGGUAUCAGUAUCUUCAAUUAACAAACACACGAAAUCCGAACCCGCCAGUAAUAUUACAAAGACUUUUAGGCCCGGCCGCGCAAGCGCUUCCUUUGUCAGCAAGUCAGGUUUUAGCCUCGAGUUUUCGAGAUACGCGCGUUGUCGUGAUGGACAAUGGUCUUGGAAUAUUCACGAAUCAAGAAGAGGAACCAGUAGAUUAUGUGGAUCAAUCCGGUUAUCUUUUCGGACCCAGUCUUGCAGCUACAUUGAACAACAUUCCAACUGCGUUACACUGGUGGAUCGAAGAAAGUAAAUUAUUAGAUGGAGAUUCUCAGCCAGAUUGUUGCGUUGGUGUUGUACAUAAACUAAUCCCUGAUCUGGAGAAACGCCGAAAUGCGGUACUAGCGGAGCGAAAGGAACGGCGUAAGAAGCAGCACAAUUCCGAGAAAAAGGACGAGAAAGAUGGCAAAGAGGAAAAAGAUCAUCUGAAUAAUACGGAAUCUGGUACUUCUGCCGUAAUACCCAUGGAGGAGCAAAGGUCGACCGCCUCGACGUCCCAAAGAGAAGACGCGAACCGUCUCGUCACCGUGUUCGAAACUUCCGUAGAAACGACUCGACAGGAACGUACGCCGGACGAGGACAUUAUCGAUGUGACGGGCGAAAUGGAAGUAACGGUUCAAGAAGACGAGGAACGACCUCCGCCGCCGCCACCGCCCGAGGAACAACCUACAGAACCCAGAGAUCCCCGAAUAAGCAAUCGAAACCCGACUUUAGAGCUGGCUGAAAGUAUCGUCGACUCCGUGCUCGGACCCUGCGCGUCCGAAGCGAGCAGGCUAAGACAAACCGACCGUAUCGUUGAAGGAUCCAACACCAACGAGACGUCCAGUCGGUCCAUCGCCAACGAGACGUCUAGUCGUUCCAACGCGUCCAUAGUGGUUGAUUUUAGUCAAGAAGGUAACGAAGACUUGUUGAGAGAAAGUGACUCGUCUGAAUGGAUCAGAAUGCUUUUAACCAAUGACAGUCAAUCAAACGUUGAACGAAACGCAAAUAUUCUCAAUCAAGAUUCUGCGACUUCAGCAUCAGAAAACAUUAAUCCAGAAACGUCAGAACCACAGCAGCAACAGCCGCAACAACCACAACAACCACCACCGCAGCAACAGCCACAGCAACCAGAGCAACCACCACAACCAUCGCAGCAGCAGCAACAGCAACAGCAACAGCAGCAACAACCUCAGGAACAGCAAUUACCGGAUGGCGUGGACCCAUCGUUCUUGGCCGCGUUGCCGGAAGACAUGCGCGAUGAAGUAAUUGCCGAACAGCUCAGACUUCAACGAAUCCGACAACGAGCACAAGCAACCGUGGUCGAGGAAUUAACAGGACCGGUCGAAGUAAAUCCUGAAUUUCUGGCUGCCCUGCCGCCGGCGAUCCAGGAAGAGGUUCUCGCGCAACAACGUUUGGAACAACAACGACAUGCGGCUGCAUCCGCCAACCCAGAAGAUCCAGUCGACGCAGCAGCGUUCUUCCAAAAUUUGCAGCCAUCUCUCCGACAGGCGAUCUUGACUGACAUCGAGGAAUCGCAAAUAUCGGCUCUUCCGCCAGAUUUGGCACAAGAAGCUCAGAAUCUCAGGAGAGAAUGGGAGGCUCGAAAUCGACAUAUGAUGCAAGAAAGAUUCUACAAUCAUGUCAGCCAAGGGAAUGCUACCUUGAACAGUAUAUUAAGGAGUAGAGGAGGCAGAACUGGCACGACGCGUUAUGCGAUUCACGCGGUAACGCAAAGAGGACAAUGGAGCCCGUGGAACGUGCGCGGUGAUUCUAGUAUAACGCAUCAGGGAGCCGGCCUACGAUUAAAGGGCAGACAAUUGCUGGACCACGAGUCCAUGGCCUGUCUAUUGGUGUUACUGUUUGUCGACGAACCAAAAAUUAAUACGCUGAGGCUCCACAGAGUCAUCAGGAAUCUCUGCUAUCACGGUAGCACAAGGGAGUGGGUGGUCAAAGCCUUGCUAAGUAUCAUGGAAAGAAGUAAUGACGAGAACAAAGAAAUUGCCGCGGAUUUCGGCGGAAAGUUCAAAAGGAAAAGCCUGAUGUCCACGAUGGAUUAUCAUUUCUCCAAUAUUUUCGACCAAAGAAACAACGCACAAUCGUGGAUAAAUAUUAGCAUCGACGCCGCACUUGGAUGCAGAGCAAACGUCUUUCAUAUCGUUAGACACGGAGUCAAGAAGUCGGCAAGGCAAGGCAGCAGUAUCGCUAUUCAUCCCCAAGCAGCGCCUACAGUGUGCAGACACACGCUAGAUUUACUGAUAUCGCUGGCGAAAGGGUUCUCCGGAUAUUUCGUGCCUCUCAAGUCCAAGGAGACGGACGAGAAGGAAGCCAAUAAAGAGAAAGAUUCGAACAACAAAGAAGAGCCGGGUUCCAAGAACAAAUCCGCCUCGAAGCCUGGAAAGAGCGAUCAGCCAGAUUUCUGGGAUAUGCUCUUGAAACUUGACUCGUGCGCCUCGAAGAAGGGAAAAUCGGUAGCUAGGACGCAUUCAAAUUCGAAUCUGGGAAAUGAGCCGGAGUACAGCACGACUACCUUCGAGGCCUCUGCAUUCGGUCAAUUGAUAUCGAUGCUGAACUGGACGGUCAUCAAGCGUAGCAGCCAGCUAACAGACAAACUGCUGAGAUUGUUGUCACUGAUCUCGAUCGGGCUGACGGAGGUGAACCCAUAUCGCAGACAAGAAGGAAACAAGAAUAAAAAGGCAGACGUAAACAAGGAACAGAGCAUAGCCGCGCCUGAAGAACAUCUCCGAUUGGCUGUGCAGGUCCUGACCAGCAAGAGCUGCUCCGAAGAGGGACUGGAAGAUGCGACUGCUCUGCUGCUUAAUCUAUCCCAUUGUCCUGAUCCCACUAGGCAACUGAUAUUAAAAUUACUCAUGGAAGGCGCCAUGGAGCUGGCUAACAUGGUUUGCGAGCAUAUAAACGAUCUGAUGAUGGAGUUGAAAGUUUUGAAUCACGAAUUAAGACGUACUUACAUUGACGAGCAACCUUCGACCAGCGCUGGGGGUCCGCGUGGAGUUCUUAUGGAUAGGUUUACGAACGAAAAUGUAAUAGUCACAGCACCGAGCAAGGUCAAAGCUGGAAGUGACCUUCAGUUACCAUCAAUGGCUGCCCUUGUUAGCAAAACUUCUAGUCAGGCAUUCUUCUUAAGAAUACUUAAAGUGAUUGUACAGAUAAGGGAAGCUGUACGUUUAGCAAACACUAAGAAAACAGUCAAUCAAACCACAGAAGGUACCGGUGACACUGCUACUACGAAUCUAGCUAUAGAAGCAGGCGAUGAUAAUACCGAUGCUGACGUUCCGAUGGACACGACGCAAGCAAACUCGUCUCAAUCUGAAAAUGCGAAACCCACUACUACCGCCUCCACCAGCGAAGAAAAGCUGCCGUUAUUAAGUGAAAGUUUAGUACUGGAUCAUUUGUGGGAAACGCUCAGCGCCUGUCUAUUGGAAUUGGAAUAUACCCCGGAUCAUCACGCUGUUUUAGUUCUACAGCCGGCAGUAGAGGCAUUUUUCCUGGUACACUCGUCGUUGAGUACCUCUCGCGAACGUCAAAUGAGUACAAACGCAGAAAACCGUGAGGUUGUUCCCGACUUGGCGCCAGUUUCACCGAUAUAUUCGGACAACGAGGGCACAUCCCAAUCAGAGGCUACCAUUAACACUUCUUGGGACAUGACUCCACCGCCCCAAAAGACACUACCACCGGACCAACUCAAGUUCCUCAAAUUUGCUGAAACGCACAGAACUGUUCUUAACCAAAUUCUUCGUCAAACAACCACGCAUCUCGCGGAUGGACCAUUCUCUGUGUUGGUGGAUCACACGAGAGUCCUUGACUUCGACGUGAAAAGACGAUACUUCCGGGCAGAACUCGAACGAAUGGACGAAGGUAUUCGCAGAGAAGAACUGGCAGUGCACGUUCGCAGAAGUCAUGUCUUCGAAGAUUCGUUCCGGGAGCUUCACAGGCGAAAUGCCGACGAAUGGAAGAAUCGAUUUUACAUCGUUUUCGAAGGCGAGGAAGGCCAAGAUGCUGGUGGAUUACUUAGAGAAUGGUACGUCAUCAUUUCGAGGGAGAUUUUCAAUCCCAUGUACGCUCUGUUUACCGUGAGCCCCGGUGAUCGAGUAACAUACAUGAUCAACUCUUCGUCGCAUUGCAACCCCAACCACUUGUGUUAUUAUAAAUUCGUCGGUCGAGUUAUCGCCAAAGCGAUCUAUGACAACAAGCUCUUGGAAUGCUACUUUACUCGUAGUUUUUAUAAACACAUUUUGGGAAUAUUGGUGAAGCACACGGACAUGGAAAGCGAGGAUUAUAGUUUUUACAAAGGGCUCGUGUAUCUCACAGAACAUAAUAUCGCCGAUCUUGGAUACGAAUUGACCUUCUCCACGGAGGUGAACGAAUUCGGUGUGAACGAUGUACGAGAUUUAAUACCAAAUGGACGUAACAUCAUCGUUACCGAAGAAACGAAGUUAGAAUACAUCCGUCUUGUGUGUCAGAUGAAAAUGACCGGAGCAAUUCGUAAACAAUUGAACGCGUUCCUAGAAGGUUUUUACGACAUUAUUCCGAAACGACUGAUCUCCAUAUUCAACGAGCAGGAACUUGAGUUGUUAAUUAGUGGAUUACCCAAUGUAGAUAUCGAAGAUCUUAAGGCCAAUACAGAGUAUCACAAGUAUAGUGCAACUUCUUUACAAAUCCAGUGGUUCUGGCGAGCGCUCCGAGGUUUCGAUCAGGCAGACAGAGCCAAAUUUCUACAGUUCGUCACCGGAACUUCCAAGGUGCCGUUACAAGGUUUUGCCGCUUUGGAGGGAAUGAACGGUGUACAAAAGUUCCAAAUUCAUCGCGAGGACAGGUCAACAGACAGGCUUCCGUCAGCUCAUACAUGUUUUAAUCAACUGGAUCUACCGGUUUACGAAACAUACGAUAAACUUCGUACGAAUUUAUUGAAAGCAAUCCACGAAUGCAGUGAAGGGUUCGGUUUCGCCUAAAUUCUUGCAAAAAGUUUGGCAAUUCGUGCGUGACUUUUGCAUG